AUGCUUUCUUCCGACCUACUCGACGAGACUAACGGAUUAUACAACGGUAAUGGGGGCACCGACGGGGUAGGGGGAGAUGCCUCUUACAAAAUACACGAGCAGCCAAUCCGCACCAGACGCCCCAUCCGGGUCGCAUGUAUGGGUGCCGGCUAUUCGGGGCUCAUGAUGGGUAUCAUGUUUAGCGAACAGAUGAAAGACAAAAAUGCCGAAUUAGUCAUUUAUGAGCGCAAUAAAGAUCUCGGAGGAACCUGGCUCGAGAAUCGAUACCCUGGCUGCAAGUGCGACAUCCCGGCUCACAACUAUGCCUACAGCUUUGCACCGAAUCCCGAGUGGCCAAACUAUUAUGCUUCGUCGGAGGAAAUCCAUGAAUAUAUGCAUAAGGUGGCUAGCCAGUACGAUUGCCAUCGAUUCAUCAAGUAUGAGCAUGCCAUCACGUCCGCUAUCUGGAACGAGGAGGACGCAAAUUGGGAUAUUAAAGUGAGAACACCUGAGGGAACAAUUGUUCAAGACAGGGUUGAUGUGUUUGUCAAUGCUGGCGGAGUCUUAAACAACUGGAAAUGGCCGAAUAUUGAAGGGCUUCAGGACUUCAAGGGAAAGCUCAUUCACUCAGCCAGUUGGGAUCAAAACUUCGAUUUUACCGGUAAAAAGGUGGCCAACAUCGGUAUUGGCUCCUCCGGCGUUCAGAUUGUUCCCCAACUAGCCAACAUAGUUGACUCGAUGGAUGUGUACAUCCGCACGCAGACUUGGAUAUCUCCUGCGCCUGGAAUCAAUGAGCCAACGGGCAGCGACCCUGAGAUGGAUGCCGAGUUGAAUUUUACGGAAAAGACACUUGACAUUUUUAGAGACCCGAAAACACUACGAGACUAUCGUGCUGCGAUCAUGGAUCGCCGAAGCAGCAACUUCAAGCGUUUCAUUGCUGACAGCGACCUUCAGCUGAAGGCUCAGGAGCUAUUCCGCAAGAUAAUGAUUGAACGGCUAGGGAAUUCUGCAAAAGGCCAGCAAGCUGCAAAGCUUCUGUUGCCCGAUUUCCCUGUCGGAUGUCGGCGUUUGACUCCCGGCCCUGGCUUCCUAGAGGCUAUAACUCAAGUGAACGUCGAGUUGCGCUGGGACGAUAUUGUAAGGAUUACAGAGAAGGGUAUUCUGACGAGAUCAGGCGAGGAAAAGGAGUACGAUGUUAUAGUAUGCGCUACCGGUUUUGAUACUUCUUUUUGUCCCGCUUUCCCCCUCAUUGGACGAGGAGGCGUGAACCUUGCUACCAAGUGGACAGCCGAACUUCCCAAGGCCUACUUUGGUCUCACGGUACCGGACAUGCCGAACUACUUUUCGUUCAUUGGCCCAAACAGUACAAUUAGUAACGGAUCGCUCGUGCUUGGGAUACAAAUGACGGCCGUUUACAUAUACAAGUGGUUGGACAAACUCCAGACUGAAGAUAUCCGCAGCUUCGCGGUUCGCCACGACGUGAAUGAUGAAUACAAUGAGCAUAUGCAGACAUAUCUGAAGCGCACGGUCUGGACAGGAAACUGCCGAAGCUGGUAUAAGCGUGGAACUAUCGAUGGUCCCGUGGUUGCCGUUUACGGUGGCACCACUUUUCACUUCAUGGAGGCAAUCAAAAACCCACGCUGGGAGGACUUUGAUAUCGAAAGGCUCUCAAAAACCAACCGCUUCUCCUACCUUGGUAAUGGAUUUACAAAAAGGGAAACGAUGGGAGGGACCAUUGGCACCACGCAGACAUUGGAUUUCGAGCAGUACUGGCGUCUGUUCGUGCCUCCAGAUAUCCAUGACUAGAUGCUCUUUGAUUGGUGAUUGGUCCUUUGUAUGCCCUUAACUGGACACAUUAUCGGCAGACAUUUGAUCCUCUUUUUCCAACGUUUUGCGUAAGAUUGCUGGCCAGAACUUCUGGUAGCAAUGGUGAAUCUGUUUAUUUCACUUCCACUAUUCUCAGUCCAUGAUUAUAUGUAUUGCAAGUAUCGAUUACCAUGCGGAUGGAGUUU